AAGCUAUUUCAGUGGAAGAACUCUGGUGUGGUUUACCCUCUCUUACCAAUAUGAAGGUGGCUUUUUGCCUGUUUUUCACCCUGGCACUCUUCUUUUUGUACUCAGAUGCUAUUGAAGAAGAAGAAAAGCCGGUUGAUUGUGCUGGCUUUCCCAGAAAAGAAUGCACCAAGGACUACCAGCCCCAUUGUGCCUCCGAUGGUGUGACCUAUUCCAACAGAUGCCUUUUCUGCAAUGCAUUUAUUGAAAGUCGUGGAAUAUUAACAUUGAACUACUAUGGAGUAUGUAAAAAGUAAUCCAAUACAGAUCCAGAGGACUGAGAUAUUACUCCAAGCAACAUGGAUCUUCCUCCAUCCUUCUUUCCCCUGCUUUUGUUUGCUUAGCCAAGGAAUAUCUUCUAAAUGAAUUUCACUUGUCAAUAAAAUGAAUUAUGCAUCCUAAA